UGUCACUUUCACAAAAUAAAAUAAUUCAGUUAACAUUUUUGAAGAUUUUUAUGUUUAAAGGCAAGCAAAAGAAAGCAACAAAACCAAACUUUCAACAAACCACACACAUACUUAUGCAGAUAAAAAAUACUUAUAAAAUGGAUUUUGGCUUAUAAGACCAUAUUAAAUUGUUAAUAUUGUUAAUUAAUACCUAAACUAUAUGUGUUAAAGUAUUAAAAAUGGAACCCAAAACACAAUUACGAAAAUUAAACAUAAUGUAUCAACGGGAACUAGAACACAUUUUAGAUCCCUACGAGCUUUGGAAGAAGUUAAUGUGUGUCAUACCAAAAACAUUAUGCCCUGAUCCAACAAAAGCAAACGUAUCCAGGAUAAAUCCACCAAAAUACAACACAGAACACUUUAGAAUAAUCGAAAACGUGUCAAACAAAACGGGCCGAUCAUGCACGAACAUCCUGUUCGAGGAAUGGGGCACGUCAGGCCGAGUGUUGCCUACCCUGGGCCACUUGUUGCAUCUACUAGUAAACGCCGAACUUUACCGAGCGGCCGACUAUCUUUCGGAUAUAAUCGGUUGCCAGAAACCGAACCGGCCUCAAAGUGGACCGGCAGCUUACGUAUCCACUGAUAUAAGCGAUUUUAAUAAGAUUGACAAUAGCAAGGAUGGUAUUUCCCUCAGUGAAAAUAAUACGGAUAUGAAAAGUGAAGUUGUUUAUGGGACAAAAAGUGAAUUGAUUCCGGAAUUGAAUAUGCUUUUGCAGCAAAGUACUAUUGAUAAUGUAACCUUGGAGUCAACUCAAGAUUCAAAUACUUCUUUCAAUAACAAUGCAACUCAAAAUACAACAAAUUCUUCCAAUAAUAACUCCGAAAAUGAAUUAUCACAACUAGGCAUUCCCAAUUUAAGUAUAUUAAGACAUUCCGCAGAACAAUUAACUAAUACUUCAGAAGAAAUGUCAGAUAAUUGUCCAAACCUCUCUAUUUUCAACAAACAAGAUUCUUCCAGCCCGGCAAUUUCACUACCGAACUUAUCAGUAUUCCAGAAGAAAGAGAAAUCGUUAUCAUCGCCAUCCUUAAGCUUUAACAAGUGUCCUUCUCCUCUUCCAAAUUUAUCUUUGAACACAUCACUACCCCACUUUUCUUACCCUGAAUUGGAAGAUGCCACGAAUGAUUUUCACGACGAACCAUUUUCUGCUGAAGAUAACGAAGGGAGAUUAUUAGGCAAAGGCGCCUUUGGUUCGGUUUAUUACGCUCUAGACCUACUAGAUCGACCUGUAGCUGUCAAAAGAUUAAUCCUAGACGACUUUGACAGUGCUAACAUGACCAUAAUCACAAAGCAAUUCUGCAAAGAGGUCGAAAGCCUCGGACGCUUCAAACAUGACAAUCUGUUAACUUUGCUGGGCUUCUCUUGCGACGGUCCCACUUAUUGUUUAGUCUAUGAAUAUAUCUCCGGUGGUUCCCUGAAAGACAGACUGCGAUCGAAAGAAAACAGACUCAUUUGGACUGAUAGGUUGUAUAUUGCUUUUGGAACAGCCAAGGCGGCUGCCUAUCUUCAUACUGUUUUCAAUGUUAUACACCGGGAUAUCAAGAGUGCCAACAUUUUGUUAGAUCCUAAUAACAAACCAAAGUUGGGCGAUUUUGGUUUGAUCAGAAAUAUUAACCAGAAUACGAUUACUUUCACGCAACCUAUCGGUACUUCUUCGUAUAUGCCAACGGAAGCUUUUCGGGGUGAAAUAUCUCACAAAUGGGACACUUACAGUUUUGGUAAAGUCUUGCUGGAACUUCUAACAGCGUUGCCAGUUUUCGACCAAGAACGUUCGGAAGCCGAUUUGGGAGAUUAUGUGGAGGAAGAAUUUGAUAAGGGCGCCGAAAAAUGUGCGGGCAAAUUGUUGGAUAAAACUGCGGGGUCGUGGUCCGUAAACAAUUUCAGUUUUGCCGAGGAUUUGUUUAAGAUUGCCCUGAAGUGUUUGGAGGAUAAAAAGAAGAGGCCUUCGAUGGUUGAAGUGACAGAGUCCCUAAGUGAUCUUUUAGAAAAAGUUUAAAUUAGUGAGUAGGGUCUUCCUUUAAGUUAAUUUUUGGCUUUAUAUAUUUAUAUUAAACGCAUAUUUUGUUUAUU